AUGGAUGAUUAUUUAAAGCAGAUACUUGCAUCAGCUGUUCCACUUAAUGAAUCAUUAAAAUCAUCAGAUUUAAUGAGCUCAAGUAAGAUGGUGCAGUCAAAAAUCAUCGAUUUGUUUAGAUUUACGUCGGUUCAAUUGGCUCCAUCAUUUCUUACAAAGAUAUUAGGUUUUAUUGAGGAAGACGCACAAUCUGCUGAUAAAAGAAAGCGACAUGCAUCAGCAAUUUGCCUCACUGCCAUUAUUGCAUUAUAUCCUUUUGAUCAUCAAGUGCCAUUAUUCUCUCCAAUCAUUGAUAAAUUACUCAAACCGGGCUAUAAACCACUGGUUCAAGUCGGAGCAUCUGUGGCUGGACGUAUUGCACGUAUAAAUGGUCCAAAUCGAGAUAAAUAUUUAUCAAUUCUUGUGCAUAAAUCACAAACAUAUUUAGAAAGAUUCGAUAAUCCUGAUGAAAGAUACGCUGCGGCCGUUAUUUGGCACGAAUUAGCACACGUUGCGCCAGAAUUGUUUUAUAGAUUAGGAACGAAUUUUGCAAAUGUAGUUUGCAACGCAUUACUGAAUCAUGACCAACAAAUCAACGAAAUUCUUACAGAAACUAUUGAAUAUUUAUUCACAUCAGAGUCAGCAUCCAUAGGAACAAACUUUUUAAUAGAAACACACAACAUUCUUAUGUUCACAACAAUCAAGAACUUCAGCGAAGUACAUAAUGCCGAAGAAAUCAUCGGAUCAAUGCAAAUUUUAAUGGUUUUACUAAAAUUACAACCAACAAUCUCAAAACGUAAUGCGAAGAAUCUGUUAUACCCACAGUGCCAAAAAUUGAUAAGUUCUCCUAACACGGAGAUCGCUUUCUUUGCUUUAGAAACAAUUUUUCAAAUGGCGAGGUUAGAAGUCAUAGAAAUCACUCACGAAGAACACACAAACAUAUUUAAUAUACUCGCAAGCUGGGGAUUCAAACAACCAGAAGAAACUCUUUAUUUAAUCCAAGAUAUGAUUGAAAUUUUCAAACGUUUCGAUACAAAGAGCUGCCAACAAUUAUUACAGCUUAUUAACAUAUUUAAUGAGAAACUUCCACCAUCUAUUGGCCCUCCUGCAGCUUUUGAAAUCACAAUAACCGCAAUUGCUUCUUUUCCUAAUUUCAAUGCUAACAUUUCAGCUUUUAUUACCAAUGUUAGACGUAUUCUUGAAAAAUCACAAGUUCCGCUCCAAAUACAUCGUCUUUUGGCCGCAUUAAACAAAUCAAUUCCACAAUGGUCAUCAACAUUCAACAUGUUCAAGCAACAGAUACUUGAUAUCAUCAGGCAAGAGCUUACACAUCAAUCCACGCUUACAGAUCGUCUUGUCAUUGUUUUACAUGCAUUAUAUGAACUUCCUGCCGUAGAAACACAUGACGCGAUUGAUUUAGCGAGUUUGAUUGAGAAACUGAUGGUUUCCAAAGACAUUGACGUGAGAAGAUUAGUUGUAGGAGCCAUUGUCCACUUGUUCAAGUCAUCAGAAGGAAAUUUACCAUUGAGAUUGAUGAUAAGAAUGGUAAAAUUUGCAAUUGACGAUUCCUCGAGAUUUGUUCGACUUUAUUCCGUGAAAUCCUUCAUUCCUGAGACAUAUCCUUAUAUAUCACAACAGGAAGUAUUCCCUACUUUCUGUAGAUUCUUGAAUGACGAGUUUGUUGAAGUUCGACAAACAGCUUUAAACGUCAUCAAACAAUUACCAAUAUUUAAUUUCACUGUUGUCAGAAAUAUGAUGUUAUCAUCAUUAAAACAAAUGAAUCCGAAUCUUUCCAUCAUUGUUCCGUCAACAAUGCCCGUAUGGAUUGUUUUCCCACAGAUUCUUGAAGCAUCAAAACCUUUCUUGCAUUUGUAUGCUGAAGGAAUUUUCGAAACAAUUUCUGAUAUGUUGAGAAAAAGAUUUACUCUUUAUAAAGAUCAAACAUUGAUUUUUGCAAACUCAACAAUUCUCAGAGAAGUUGAUACAUCAUUGAUACAAUCCAUACAAUCCCUUUAUUUAAUUUGCCCUGACAUUGUUCCUCUUCAACCAAUCAUUACUAUUUUAAGAGAUAUGUUCGAAUUGCCUGUCCAUCCAUGGACAAAAAUCGUUGGUAUGAAAUCCCUUAAAGUUCUUGCAGAAAGCGGAGUUUCUUUCGGUGACAUGUUGAUGCCAACUUUGUUGGAUAUUUUGCAAAAUAACAAUAACUCGAAAUUAUUAAUAAAAACACUGAAAGUUAUUGGUUGUUUGGGUAAAAACAAAGUGGAAUUCAUGAACCAUAAGAAGCAAAACAUAUUUAGAUCUUCUAUUACUAAUAUCUCAAUUUUCAAGAACUAUUUCAUACAAAGAAUUUAUCCUUAUUUAUUCAAAAUUUUCCAUUCAAUUUCGAUCAUUUCUGUUCAAGAAUCCGCAUUCAGGUGUAUGCUGCAGAUAUUCCAUGAAGAACCAUCAAUUAUACCUGACAUGCUUCCAGAAAUGGUAAAUCAUGUUUUGCCAUUCAUCAAAUCGAUGAAAGGUGAAAAAUUAUCAACAUUUUUGAAUCUUUUGGGACAAAUGAUCAGUGAUUCAGGAAUCCACAUCAUGAAGUUCAUUGACACUGUUUACGAUGUUAUUAAAGAACACUGGCUCGAAGAAUGUACUAAUGAAUGCUCCAAGAAUUUGUCAUUUAUUGUGAAAUCAACGGGUGGACAAUGCGAUUCUAUUUUGACAUUAGUUAUUUCUAAUGCUUUUCUUUUAUUGAAAUCGAGAAGUAAUGAUAAUUGCGUUUUUGAAUUGUUUUCUUUAUUGAAGACUAUUGUUAUUUACUCCAUCCCUUACAGGCAAACAAUUAUAGCUGGUAUUGUUGACCUUCUAAACACCCCAGAAAUGAGUAUAAGUGUCAUGGACAGUUGUUUCGAUUUGAUCGAAUACAUUUUGACGGAAAUGCAUCCAGAAAGUUUGUUGAGCCCUAUCAGACGUUGUCUUGAAGUUAUUUCAGUGAGAAGCCAGAUGAGAUGGCGUGAUAGAGCAAGCUAUUUGCUGGCAAUCAUGAAAGAGAACCAAAGAUCAAGUUGUACGGCACCUUUUGUUCCUCAAGUUCAACAAAAAAUUGUUAAUUUUUCAAAGAUUACUAUUGAAACAUUCAAAGCAGCUUUGAAGUCAUUGGCAGGCCACAUCAAAGCAACACCAAUAGAGAUAUCACAGAGCUUCGAGAUCUUCAAACAACAGCUUAUAAAAUUGUCACCAAUCGCUCCAAUUCGUUGUACAAAAUGUUUGGAAGUUCGACCGAGUUUUCUUUUCCCAUUCGCUUUCUUCGCGAGUUAUAUGAGUUUCGAUGAAUCUGAGUACAAAUUAAUCUCAAAGAGAUUGUACGAGAUCAUGAAACUUCCAAAUCUCCCUGAUGAUGUCUUGUUACAGCUUUUAAAUCUUAUAGAAUUUGCUGUUUUAAGUCGUAUUGAUUUAGGUAUUGAUACAAAGUUUUUGAUCGAAAAAAGUAUCAAAUUACAAAGAUACGACAUUGCAUUUUCCAUCAUCGAAAGCAUUCCUUUGGUCAAGAAUACACCAAUCACUCCAGAUUUACUUCAGGAUUUGAGUAUAACUAAUUAUGCCAUUGGAAGAAAAACUGAUGCUUAUGAGAUUGCAAAAAGAGUUCCUAAACUCGAAAUAUCAGCAGCGAUGAUGCUUGAAGACUGGACUAAAGCAUUAGAGUUGAUAUCAUCUGAGAAAGAACCAGAUCGAUAUGUUACAGAAACAGUUGAAUGUCUUGCAGAAGUUGAAAAAUGGGAAGACAUUUUACUUUAUUCUGAUAAAUUCGAUCAACAAAGUUUAGCCAACCAAGCGAAGAUUUCUCGUUUCUUCUGGACAGCAGAAAUGAACUGCGGUGACAAGAAGAAAUCUCUUGAGUAUGUUUAUAGAACAGGUGGCUACAACACAGAAGAUUGCAUCCAAAAAGCAAUUUUAUUCAUCAAUCUCGGUGAUUUUGAUUCUGCGAAAGAAACAAUUCAUCUUGGCUGGAGAUAUCUAACAGCAAAUGUCCAGAACAUCGCACGUAACAAUAAAUCGAUGUUCGAAAAGAAACUUUUCUUGGCAGAACAGCUCCAUCAACUCCAAGAAGUUCUUGAUUGCCACCGUGACAAAAAUUAUGUUUCAAAAUUCCGUAAAAAUUGGUCUGACAAAUUACCACAAAUGCGUGAUGAUUAUGAGCGUCAGAACCAACUCUUCCAGAUUGUCAGACUGAUUCCAGAUGCUAUCGAUCUCGAUGAUUUCGCUAUCAACAUCCUUUCAUCAACAUUGUACGCGAAGAAACAAGAUGAAGCAAUGAGAUUGGCCAAUUUAUUUUUCCCUGACAAAAAUUCGCAAUCAUCCAAAUAUUCAAAGAUCAUGUUGUUAGAUUCCAAAGAAAGACUUGAAACGGGUCUUAAAUCAUUGGAUGAAUUCGAUGGAUACUUCCGUAAGCGUUUGGAGAACCAAGUCGGAAAGGAUUUGUUCCAACAAGCAACAUCUAUUGAACAACUCAAAGAAGCAGAAACACAUUUGUUAAAAGGUGACAGAAAUUAUGACAAAAUCACUGAUACUCAGAUUAUUUUAGCCAAUGCGACAGGCAGUGAAGAUAUCGCGAUAAGUGCAAUCAAAGCAAUCAAAACACGAGUUACAACUAAAACUAAAGCUCGUAAAUUGUAUUUGAUGCAUUUGAUUUCAUUGAUUUUGAAGUUUUGCGAAUCAGAAUCUGUUUGUAACUCAAUUUCUGAUGUCUUUGAAUCCUUAGAUUCAUCAAUUGCUGUUUUAGUUGCUUCAUUUAUUUUGACAUUGAUCACAAACAAAAACAAACGUGUUUCUGAAACAGCAGUUAAAAUUAUUCAUCACGCAAUGCAAAGUUUGGAUGAAAUUUUCUUCUUCAAUUUGAAUAGGGAACUUCAAAAUCAUCCAGACAAUGAACUUUUGGAAGAUUUAACAGAUGACAUCAAAAGAUAUCAUUCAAUCACAUUCUCACACAUCAAUUUGAUAUCAUCUGGUUUAAUUAAAAUGGCACACAACAUGUGGGGCGCGACUAUCAGAUUACUCAGUGAAUUUGUUGAAUCUAAAUCAAUAGAAACAAUUAAUAAAAUUGUCCAAGUUGUUUCAGUUCCUAAUUAUUGCCACAUUGAAUCCGAUUUUAAGAAAUAUUUCGGAAAAAGACUUUCAACAUUUACUGAAGAAAUAAUCAACAGAGGUCAUGUUGAAGAGCAAGAUUUCGAACACGCUGAAGAACUCCUUUUAUCCAUGUCUCAGAUGCAGGAUUCUAUUCGUGUAAUUCCUAUUUCAAGUUUCAAUCAACAACUUGAAAGAAAAACUACAUGGCAAGUUGGUAUUCCAUUCUCUAAAGCAAUUGAAGGCGAAGUCAAGCUUACAAAGUUCUUCCACAGUGUCCAGAACUUGGAGAAUGGCCUCAUUGUUUCAAUGGUUGGUUCCGACGGCCGAAAAUAUUCAUUUUUCCUUCGAAGAACAAAGGAAAACAUUUUCUUGUCCGACGAAUUCGUAUCUCUUUUGAGUGCGACAUCUCCACGAUUGCAAUCUCUCAAGAAACGGUGCAAUCUCAUGAUCGCCAAAGAUGUUUCCUUCAAAGAACGAAUCAAAGGAUCAACAACAUUGUUGAACUUGAUCUUCAGCUACAGACAAUCCACAGCUUCUCAUGAAGAAAUAAGUUAUGAAGAACAAGAUGUCAGAUUAUUGAUUCUUAAAGAACGAGGAAAAGAUGACUUAGCGAAAUCCAUUUUAACAUCAUCCAUAUCAGCAAUGAAAUGGGCUGAACGACAAAUCACAUUUUCCAAGACUCUUGGAAUCAUUUCCGCAUUGUUUUAUGUCGGCGGAUGCAGCGAUACUUCAUUAAACGACAUUUUGUUUGACAAGGCUAGUGGUGCAUUGGAUUAUUCAUCAUUCAUUGUCAACACUCACAGCCAACCAGUUCCAUUCAGACUCACCGCUAUGUUGGAACGCGCUUUGGGCACAGCUGGUGUCAAUGGAACAUUUCGAUCUUAUUUAGUUUCGACACUGGAAGACAUCAGAUCAUACAAACGCGGUCUUGCUCCUGCAUUGCAGUUUGCCGUCAUGCGUCCUCCAUUUGAUAAAUACUUUGUCCCUACUUCGUACAUUGGCACAUUCACAUCAGAGUUUAAUUCAUCAGAAGAAGUUGAUUCAGUUUAUCCACGAAUAAAAGGAUUUGGCUCGUUGGAAAAAGAAGUUGAUGAUCUCAUCAAACAAGCAACAAAUGUUGAAAACUUGGCUAAGAUGCCACUUUCAUGGAUUCCUUGGUGGUAA